AUGACACAGGGUUUCAUCCCACUGGUGCAGUUUCUCUUGCUGCUCCUGCUUAUAGGGCUUGCAAUGGCUGGUGUCCAUCUGUGGUCCUCCGUACAUGUGGCUCUUAGCAACGCCAGUGUUUUCGUGAACUACAGUGCAAACAGCAACAUGACAGACAGCAAAUUAACAAUGGAUUUGAUUGAUAUUGAUAAAAACGUAACAUUACUGACCAGAUCUCUUCCCUUCAACCAGUCCAGUGGAUAUCUAGAGUUUGACUGCACUCACUUUUUAUAUGCUGGAAAUUUCAGCUUUAGGUUGGAGCAAACGGGUCACCAAGACGCACUGAACAGGACCUACAGCUGGUGGAGCCCAAUACUGCGCACCCACUGGCCCACUUUCCACCUUGGAAUAGAACACGCUAACAACCACAGUUCUGGUGUGUUCCAGAUCGCUGUGUCUACCAACUCGGAUUUUCAUGUCUGCGCUAGCAGUAAAACGUCAUCGCUGUACCUGGAGGUCAGCUACCUGGAGCACAACCAGAUCGGCAAGAACGCCAUUGACAAGGUGCGAAAGCAAACGAGGCAUGAUAUUCAGGUUGUACAGUCCCAGCAUGUGGAACUGGAAUGUGCCUCCUUGCUGACUGAAGCUGGGUUCAUCCAAGUGGCCCUCAAAUCUGCCCACACCCAAGAGGACAUCAAAUCCUCAGGGCCACUCUACCUAUCCCGCAUCUUCUCGUACAAGCUUCAGGUGGAAAACGUGUACAAAAGUGGCUGCGAGGGGACAGUGUCUGUCCGGCUGCUCUCUCCACCCUGUACGGUCACCACAGGGAAGGUGUUGCUGUAUAAGGAGGCCAACACAGCUGCAGCUCAGACGACUCCCUCUCAGCUUGCAUUUCACUUUCUCAGCCAGGGAGAGAAUGAGACCGAGUUUAAUUGCUCCCUGUUCGAUCUUGGCCGGAAUAAAUACUGCUUUCAUUUCGCCCUCAUCUACAGUCAGUCCCCUAGUUCAGCACAAAUGUGCAUCAUUGUGCAAAGAAAUACUGAGACGUGGGGCCCGUGGCAAACGUGGAGCGGAUGCAGCGUGACCUGUGGAGAGGGCGUGCGAGAGCGUGUACGCACGUGUUUACUGCCUCCUAGGGCUGGGAAUGCAUGCACUGGCAUGGUGAGAGAGCAGUCACUGUGCUCCCUGGAGUCCUGUGAUGAGUUCCUAUCUCCUGCCUCCUUUCCGCCCCCUUCGGCUGUGGACUCUACACCAGGGGGAAACUUAGUGGUGGUGGCUGGUAUCUCCCUCUGUCUGGUGGUCAUCCUGGUCACCGUCCUAAUCACAGUAUGGAGGAAACUGUGCCAUGCCAAGUGCAGCUCGGCACACCGCGAGUCCAUGCAGUCUCCCGGUGGACGCAAAAAUUCAGACGAGACUGCAAUUUGUGCUCGAGGUGUGCAGAGACCCAGUUUCACCGAAAGCCUGCAAGCGGUUGCCCCUCAGAAGGGUCUAACACACCCUUCAUCUAUGCAAGCAGCAUCAGAUAAGGGAGUACUAGCCUGUCAAAGUUUUUCCCUGCCUGAGGUUUUAACACAGGACCCUGAGAGGUUGUCCCCAUCCGGUCAGAAGAUUUUGCCUCCUGCUUUUGGCUAUCGUUUGGCACAGCAGCAACUUAAGGAAAUGAAGAAAAAGGGUCUUAAAGAGGCCACACAGGUCUACCAUGUGUCCCAGAGUCCCAUUGAUGACACCAUGUUGGAGGCCACAGCGUCCACAUCUGCUGGUCUAACGCCGGUUCCUCAGGAGUUUGAAAGUCAAGAGGAAAAAGAUGUUGGUCAUUUUCGCAAGUCACCUUUCUCAGAACCAGCAUGGACACACAAAAACUCUUCCCCCUUUCCUGACAGAUUAAGCCCAAAAGUGGACCUCAUUUUAAACAAAUCAAAGUCCCUCAGUGAUAGGGACCGGCGCCAGGAACGCACUGCAGACUGGGUGGCAAUGGUGGAGCACUGCAGACUCAGUUAUCCUAACAAUCCCAACUUCAGGAGGACAUCCAGCUUCAAUGAGUGCAGCCGGCAGCAACUGCCCAAGUCACGUCCAUUCAGGGAGCGUAGCUUGACCCAGGUGGCUCCUCGCCAGCUACCAGAGGGCAGCUGUAGAACCAAAGCCUGGGAGCAUCCAAUCCCAGAAAUGGAGGACUGUUCUCAGCCUAAAUAUAAAAAACCUGACAGUGACUAUAGAAGGAGACCUUGGGUUGAUACUACAUCAAAAUCCAAACCAGACGUGGUUUAUUCAGGGACUUUGAAGUCAAACAAAAAUGGUCCUAGAGUGGGCCAGGCCCUGUUUUCUGGGAUGGACCCAGUGGAAAGAGCAGAACAAAUCUGGAGCAAGAGAGGUCCUUCACCUAUUCAGAGGAACCUUUUGGCAAGGAAAUUGCGAGAAGCUAAUUCAUCAAGCAGCUCCCACAGACAGAGAAGUUCUACCUUCUCCACUUUUGAUCAACGCACAGGUCGAUGUCGAAGCCUACCACUCUCUGCAGAUUACAGCAGCUCCUCUUACGGCCUGACUGAAGACGAGCAGCGCAUGAUGGACAUUUCUGGAUACCUGGGAGAAGAGGAUGGAAUAGGAGUAAUGAAAGAUCACAGACUUACCUAAGCAUAACUGGAUCAGGUUAGGAACUCUACACUUCUGUGGUGGAACUUCUAUAAUUAAAUUGGUGAAUGUGAAGUUUUUUGCCUUGAAGCUUAAAACAGUCUCCCAGAGCCCAGACAUAAUCACAAAAAGAGAAUAUACUAAAU